GUUGUUAAUGUGUCCGAGUAGAAAGCUGUUAACUGUAGUCGAAAGGACUUUUGAUGAAAAUGAUGACCAUGAGUUAACUCAAGAUGAACGCUUGUAUCUGUAUACGACGUUGGCUAUUGCUCCUGAAAUUGUUGUUUUGAAGCUGCUGACAAAAGCCAAUUUAAAUGUAGGAUUUCCUCGUCUUGUUGGUGUGUGUGGACGAUUGGCUGUACUGGAGGAAGAGAUGACUCCACUGAGUUCUAUGUUGGACGAGCCCUUCAAUGUCCGGGCAUCUCUGGCAGCUCAAAUCCUUACUAUGAUUGAUGAUUUCAUGGAGGAUCAUCCUGAAUGGUACUUGUUUUAUGCCUCGUGGUCAAUAGAGAAGUUGGCAGUGAACAAGGAGGGAGAAGUGGUGCUAAUAGAUCUGGCUAACAUGGCAAUAAUUGACAAAUCUCUCUUUAGAGAUGAUUAUGAAGAUACAAGAGAAGCCCAGAAUCAUGAAGUUUGCAACAAGGAGUGUUUCCAGAAGUUUACAAGUGAAAUAUACAGGGAAGGGCAUGAUACAGAUGAGAUGUGCUCACGUGUAGAGGAUGUGGGACACCUCAUGUAUGCUGCUGUGUGUGCAAUGAUCCUAAGUGACAUGAAGCAACACAAAUAUGUGGAUUACUUCAGCUCCACUACUGGCAAUCAUCAACAACCAAGGAUGACAAGGGGUUUACUGCACAACAUCCCUGCUGCAGACAGGGCAACAGUGGAGGAGCUUCUUGCAGAGUGUGUAGAGGAGGCAGCACCUGGAGGACGACUUCAGGCAGCACAGGAGCUCCGAGAUUUCCUCUCAGACUUUCUCCUUGAUGAAGAAGAUGAGGAAGGCGAUGAAGAUGAGGAAGAUGAUACAGGGGACAAUGGCGAGGACUAUGACGAUGAUUAUGAAUAUGAAGACUAUGGCACAAACAAAGAAGGAUGAGGUGAAGUGCUACGUAGCAUUCACAGCAUUGCAAGAGAAAGAUGAUUGAAAGGAAGGAUAGUAAUUUCUUUUUCUUCCCAAGCCUAUCCUUUAUCCCCUUUUUUGUUCUUUUUUUUUCCUUUACAGGGUGUAACAUGUAAAAUAAUUCUUCCAUGACUGUUGGUUGCAAUUUGAAUCUUGGUAAAUUCCCUUGAUAUGAAUAGAUGGUUCAAACCAACAUGAUUUUGUUCUCUCUAUAUAUGUAUUGGGAGAAGAAUGCAGAUUACGGUGCUGGUGACUGUGAGUAUAUAUUGCAGGGUUAGUUGCCUCUUAUUGUAUAAAACCAGUGUUUUGUUUAGGCUGUUUUAGCAUUGCCCUUUUAAUAGUUAGGAAAAAAAAAAAAAGAAACAGUUUUGUAUUUAUGUGGAACUAUACAUAUAUAUGAUGCCCAUUAUGUAGGUGUAAUGCAAUAGGAAAUCUAACUUCCAUUCAAUAUGUAGCUUUUUUAAUGAUUUAUCAAUUGGAUUUUGAUUGGGAUCAUAUUUUUUCAUAUCAGGUCUCUUUCUGUUAAGGUUCAAUAUGUAUUGAUAAGCCUAUAAAUUGUGCUUCAGCAUAAAUCAUAUAUGGCAUUAUUUGCAUGUGAUGCAUAAUUUCCAAGUACAUGAAUGCAAAGAUGCUUGCUUAAGUUUAACCUUGCUGAUCACCUUGAAUAGGAGCUUAGCACUUGUUUCUGGUAACACUGUGAACUUUCUUCAGUAAGCUGGGUGUGCAGAGUUGCAAGGAGGAAGGGGAAGGCAGGUCUUGUGGAGGGUCAGCUUUAUAGGCAGCUAGAAUGUCACACAUUUGGUAAUAAUCUUUGUUCUUAAUGAAUGCAGGGAAAACCUCUUUACUGAGUCUAGGUAGAUCUUCAGUCCCUUUUCAUUUUCUUUUCUUUUGGCAUUGGGCAUUAUAUUACCCUUGCGGAAACUGAUUGUUCAAAACUCCAUGCAGUUCCAUCAGUUAGUCAUAAAAUAAUAUAUGUUAAAGAAACAUUUGUGAUUAUGACCAGCUCUUUUUAUGAGGAAUAUUAAUUUCAAAAUUGGGUUGUUUGUGAAUUCAGACGCAAAAUAACAAGAUGCAAUGUAACAGUAACACACUAGAAUUAUAAAUGCAAUAGGAUUAUGGUAUGUGGUAGAUUCUGUUGAUCAGAAAGAAAAAAAAGCCAGAGAAAGAUUUUUAUACUUUGAUAAUUUUUGUACAGAGAAUGUUGUAGCAAGGGAGCGUGUCUUUUUAGUAACUCUUUGCAGGACAAUCUAAGUAUAUUUGUGAUAUGCUGUAUAUGACCUAUAUAUUUUUUUUGAUGAUUGAAUAAUCAUUGAAAUAUGCAGUCACAUGCAUUGUGUAAAAGAAUAAAAAUAGACUAGAAAGGUUACCAAUAUAAUUUGAGUGUAUCUGCAGUUACUUCCCAUAUGAUUCGUGAAUAUUUAUUUUUAGAAAUGAUAAAUACUUUGAAUUAGGGCUGCUAGUGGCUGGCUACUUGUGAAAGGUUGCAUUUGAGAUGAGAAAUAAUACAGCAAUAUGAACGUAUGAUUUACAUAUUGUGCAUUAUUACAAAGGUACACUCGGAUUGCUGCCUUUUGUACAUUAACAUGCUGGAUACUAACAUAUUGCUUAUUCAUUUUCAUGCCAAGCUGUCAUGUAUGUAUCAUUAACAUUAUAUUUUUUGUAUUGAGGUCAUUAAGGGGAAAUGUUUCACAGUUUGUCCUUAAAUACCAGGGGCAGAUUUCUCCCAGCAUUACAUCAAAGCUCAUCUCCAAUCAUCCUAAAAUUGGAAGAGAAUGGAGGCUUAACAAAGAAUAAUGGCUAUAGGCUCAUUAAUCAUAGGCUCAUUAUCUCCAGUUGUUGAGACAACAGAUAACUGAAAUCACUGGCUCACUAGUUGGAGUUCAUAUUGAGUGUUUACUUUUUCUGAGUUGUCGUUGAGAUGAGACUCACAUCGGCUUCACAAAGGAGUCCUGGCUUUUGUAUGGCAGAGCAUAGUGUGCAGCAAUCUCUUGUAAGGGUGUCUGUAGAUGUUCACUUGACAAUCAGUAGAAAUGGAUGCUGAUAAGGAUGUAUGUAUUUUGUUGCAGGAUAGAGAUGCUAAUUUUGUAUGUAGAAAAUAUUUUAUAUUGAAGUUAAAUGUGAUGAGUAGUGUAGACAUUUAGAAAUCUAGAAAUAUGUUUCUUGUAGGUUGUGGUCCAAUAGUUUAGUCCAGCUAAGACUUGCUUUUUGCAAAAGGGAAAUAAAGUGUACCAUUUUCAAAUCAAAAUGGUGGGUGCAUGAUUUUUCCUGUUUUCUUUCAUAGUAUUCAGAGUUCCAUUACAAGUGAAAGAAUUGGUAACAAAAACAGUGUGGCUGGGUUAGGAUAGGUUAGGAUUGGUAGUCAAAUUGGUAAAUUUGAGAAUGCAGUUUAGGCUUGAAGAAAAUUAGGAAGGAAUUAAGGUCCGAGUUAGAAUCAGAAGCAGAAAUGAAAAGGAAAAGGAACAGAGGUGAAGAAACACUAAUUGUUUACUUGAAAUGCAAAGAGGGAAAGUGAUUACUAAACACAAGUUCGGUUUUGAUAUAAUGCAUUAUUUCUAAAAUGAUAUUACUCAAAAUGAAUUAAGUCACUUUAUACCAUUAUUUAUGAAUAUUGUUUUGUUUCUUUUUUUUAAUAUGUCUUCAUAUGUAUAUGAUCACAAUUAUAGCUACAAGCUGUUAUGUAUGUGCAUGUUCUUAUCUUGAUGUGUGUGUCAUUAUGGAUGUAAUCAGAUAAAGGCCGUGGACAAAUUAAAAAGUUGUGGAACCCGUAGAUCAACCCAGUUUCCCAGUUAGAAAAGUUGAUUGUGUCUUAAUAAGAUAAUGUGUAAAUGUUGAUAUUGUGUGAAAAUCUCUAAAAGAAAACAUCAUGUUGUUCUUCAUACUAUUCUGAUGAUGUGCUUUUACAAACAGUUAUUAGAUGUUUUUAUGAGACGAUAUAAAAGACAGUAUUGUUGUGUUGUCAUGUACUUAAUGAGUAACCUUGUUGAAUAAUUGAAGUGAAGUUUGUCGUGAUUAUACCAUACCCUUGCAGUCUUCAGUACAACAAGCAUUGUGGCCCAGUGGUAGAGUAUAACUUCAGAUUUUUUCAAGGAGUUUGGGUUGCAGCAGUCCCAAAUGGUAACUUUGUUAAAUAUCUAUGAAAUAAGACUACAUUUCAGUAUGCUCAGCUGUUUCCCAGUCAGUGAGUGAUCAGUGGAUCUUUACCUGAAAAGAAAAUUCCCUCUAGCUAGAUGAGUAUAGGACAGUGCCUUUACUCAAUACAAAAACAUGGAAGCUUGUUAUCAGAGGAGUUGUUUAUUAUGUAUUUGCUCAUGUGCAAGUAUACAUAUAUGCACUUGUCUGUGCAUACAGAUGCAAACAUAUACAGUAUGCACAUGCAGAGCCAUGUGAAUACAUUUCCACACAUAAUGUAUAUACAUUAGUGUGCACAAGUUACUUUUGGCUGAUAUUAUUAACAGUGUCAGUGGCGCAGUGUUGGUUGCCAGUGCCUGGACAGAGGCAAGUAUUGCAUCCCCUGACACUUUCGAAGUCCAGUAUUAAAACCCUUACCCUUAUGAACAUGUUUCAUCUUAAGAGGAUAGCAAUAUGAUUAAAGUGAAAUGCAUUUAGUGCCAUUAUCCUCAAAUUUAUUUAAAACUGCUUGGUUUUGAAUUUGUGCAUUUAUUUCAAUAACAGUUUUGAUAUCUACUUUGAAAUCUCUGUUAACUGUAUUGCCAUGUAAUAUUUAUUUACCCUGUCAUGUUGAAAAUCUGUUAAAUGUUUGAACAAUGGGAGCUUUCCUUUGUGAGAGGUGGUUUCAUUAUUGUUUAUUUAUCAUUACUAUGUUGUUGUUUUCUUUAGACUUUUUGCACCUCCAAGACAUUUGUACCUAGGUCAACUGCCAUGCUUUACCACUGCUAGAUGUAGGAAGCAUAUUUUGUAGAGGACAUUUAUCUUUGCAAUUUUUCUAUGCAAUAGAAUAUCUUUGUGCUACUUUUUUUGUGUUUGCUGCACAAGCAGUAAGAAGUGUAUAUUAAGAAUGAUACUAAUAUUCUUAAGCAAUGGAUUUUGUCUGUACAAACGGAUGACAUGGUUCUCUCUCUCUCUUCUCUCAUUUUACAAAAGCUUUAAAAGAAAUUGUAUGAUUUUGUGUGAUUAAGGAUUACCUCAAAUUUUGUGUACAAGACAAUAACAUAUAUGCAUGUAUAUACUUGUACCUUGGCCUGCACUGAGCAAGUUCAGUGCAGGCCAAUUCAUAUUAAUCGAAGUGGUCAGCAAAAGGGUUCAGCUUAGUAUGGGAUCCACCUGUGCAUACAGAUUUUUAUGGGACUGCUUGAAACCUCUCUUGAAUCUUAGGUUGCUUUCUAGCAUUUGGGCCAAAGAAACAUCAGUCUCUAAAAGAACAGUAUGUUAAGGAAACUGCAUGUUGACCAGAUUUCUGGAGGUAUCCAUUGUUUAUCUUGUUGUUGUAAUAUUCCAAUAUGAUAGAGUGUGAUGAAUGUGUACUCGUCAGAAGAUACAGUGACAGAUGUCGACUUUAAUAUUUGUUUCAUCAUGGUAGAGGAAAAACAAAUAUCAAACAUUUUACGGAAAACUUAAUACCUGCAAAGUUCCUUGAAACAUGUUCACUGUUAGAAUUAUCUACAUUUGCUUACCUGUUAUCCCUCCAGCCCCCCCCUCCCGCGAAGAGAGAAAUCUUACGAAUCUCAUGGAUUUUGAGUUUCAGAUAUGCAUAGCCUUUGUUAAAAAUGUUUCAUGAUAUCUUGGUAUAACGACCUUGUUCUGUGACAGAUUGUUAGUGUGAUGUAUUGUAUUCUUUGUCAACCUGUAGGGAUAUGAGACGCAAAGUUACAGAAGUAUAUAUUUCAUGUAAUUAACUAUAUAGGGAAGUGUUUGUAGAGAGAUACUGGUACCUUCAUAUGAUUUCGUAUUGGGGAGACACAGUUGUUAAGUUUAGCUAAGCAUAAUAUUAAAAUUUACUAAUAGAUCUUUCAUUUUCAGAUAGCUAUAUUCUUUUAUGUGGAUUACAUGUAUGUAUUUUUAAAUUAUUUUCCAUAAAGUAUUGUUUAAA